AGCUCGGGGUCCGCGCAUCCCACGCCUGGGCUCGCGCGGACACCCAGGCCAAGGGACCCCUCACUCAUCCCCGAAGGCCGAGUUCCCGCCGUGAGGCCCGUGGAGCCACAGCCGCGCCGGGGCGGGCGCCUCCAGGCCAUGUUCGCCAUCCAGCCGGGGGUAGCUGAGGGGGGCCAGUUCCUGGGAGGCCCGCCUCCUGGAGUAUGUCCGCCUGAGGUCCAACCAGACAGCAACUCCAACUUCAUGGCGAGUGCGAAGGACGCCAAUGAGAAUUGGCAUGGGAUGCCAGACCAAGUGGAGCCCAUCCUGGUAAGGAGCUCCUCCAAGUUGCCCUCUGACAACCAGGCCUUCCAGGCCCCUGGACUCCCCGAAGGAGAGGUCCGCAGCCCACCAGAGGGGGCAGAGAUCCCCAGAGCUGAGCCUGAGAAGCUGGAUAGUGCUGGCACAGUCUGCUCCCCUCUGGAGGACAAUGGCUAUGCCAGCAGCUCCCUAAGCAUUGACAGCCCUGGCAGCAGUCCUGAGCCCGCCUGUGGGACCCCUCAAGGCCCUGGCCCUUCGGAUUCCCUUCUGCCCUCGGUGGUCCAGGCUGUGCAAAAGCUGCAGGCUCAAGAGCGCUACAAAGAGCAAGAGAAGGAAAAGCACCACGUGCACUUGGUGAUGUACCGCCGCCUGGCCCUGCUGCAGUGGAUCCGAGGCCUGCAGCACCAGCUGGUUGACCAGCAGGCCCGCUUGCAGGAAAGCUUUGACACCAUCCUAGACAACCGAAAGGAGCUUAUCCGCUGUUUCCAACAGAGGGCAGCACCAUCCAAGCCCCAGGACCAGGCCUAAGAGUGUGCCUCCGCUGGGGUACAUAUUUGCAGGCAUGUGUGUGGUUGUACUCAAGUACAUGAUUAUUAACUGGUAUGAGUGCAGGUAAGCAUAAGUGAGCAUGUAUAUGCUAACAUGUGCCAGGCAUGUGUGAAUUAGCACCUGUGCAUCAGCUUAUGUGUGCUGAGUAUACACACAGGCUAACUUAUGUGCAGGCCUAUGCGUGAGUAUGUCCAUCUGUGUAUGUAUGGCAUGUAUGUAAGAGGGAGUAAAUUUGUACAUGCAUGCACGAACAGGUACCCAACAGUGUGUGCAUAUGUACAUGAGUGGAGGCAUAUUGUUGGCCCUUGAACAACACAGGCCUAAACUGCACAGGUCCACUCAUAUGUGGGUUUUUUUCCAGUAAAUAUGUACAGUUCUGUAAAUGUAUUUUCUCUUCAGAUUUUUCUUAAUAACAUUUUCUUUAGCUUACUUUAUUGUAAGAAUACAGUAUAUAAUACAUAUAACAUACAAAAUACAUGUUAAUCGACUGUUUAUAUUAUCAAUAAGGCUUCCAGUCAGCAGCAGGCUAGCAGUAGUUAAGUUUGUGGAGAGUCAAAAGUUAUACAUGGAUUUUUGACUGAUUCAGAGGUUGGCGUCCCUAAUCCCUGCACUGUUCAAGGGUCAACUGCACAUGCAAAAGAUGUGUGUGCCUGUGAGUGAGUUUGAAUGUGCAGACUUAUGGCAGGUAUAUGAGAGUGAGCUCUUGUGUGUGUAGCCCUGAGGUGGGGUGCCCGUGUGUGCAGGUGCAGGCAUGGGAAGUAUAUAUUAGGAACAUGUGUAUUUUCAGGCAGACUCCCGAGCAAGUGUGUGCAGAUAUGUACUCAAUUGCACAUGCCGGGCAUCCAUCCGCACCCUUUGUUACCCGUGGCCUGCCGUAGCCUUUUUAUUCCACAGGGUCCCACUGCUUCCUGGAAAGAGGGCUGCCUGCUGUCAUUUAUCUGAGGGAAUUAGUGUCAGGGAGGGGAGCUGGGGCGGUGAGGGGGAGGUAAUGGACAGUUGAACUCUGCCCCUGGGCACAUGGGAGAUGGGAAUGGGGAGAUGAUGGUGGCAGAACCCUGUGAAGAAUAGGAGUUUGGGAAUUCUGAAACACCGGUUCCAAACAAACCACAGACCUCUUCUCCUCUGCAAAGGAGCUCAUGCAGACCACGUUGAUUUAAGCUUCGGAUGAAAAGGAAUGUGUGCUUAUGAGCUGCUUGUUGGGUAAAAUCUCACUUCCCUCUCUGUGCCUCUGCUUGCUGUGCCUCUCUGACUUUAGCAGCACUGGAUGUUCAAUUAGUUUGGUUUUGUUUCCCUGAAAUCAAAUCACUGUCCGCCCCAGGAGGAGACACAGCCCCGCUAUCAAGGGUGUGCAAGGGGCAGGGUCAGCCCUGACUCUGUAAACUCUUAGGAUGCUGAGUCAUGCCCCCUCCCAUCACUGAAUGGCCCUUUAAAUGCCGACAGGCUCCAGCAGAAGCUCUGUGAAGUAGAGAGCUGGUGAGUUCUGGGGAGAGCCAAAGACCAACGUAGCCAAGCACUCUGUUUUGCUUCUGGGAGCCCAGAGGUUGCAAGAUCCUAAUGGAUGAGCAGUGUCCUGGAGGUCAGUGACGCUGCCUCUGGCCCUCAGUCUCUCUACCUGCAAAAUGUGGGGGCCUUUUCUGACUGUCCCUAAAGAGUUCCAUCCCUAACAGGUAAAUGCGUGGAAGCAGUGGGGAGAGAGGCUGAAGCAGUGACCCUGGGGACUUUGUGUCUAGUUCUUGCAU